UGUGCAUUCACAUUAGAGGCAACACAGGAUACACACUCACACACUUACUCAUAUCUCAGACUGGAGUCAGAGUGAGGAAACAGAAUGUCAGGGAAGGAAGCGCUGAAGCCAGUGGGAAAGCAGAAUUUGCCUCAAGUCUCCAGUUCUCCUUUCUGACCCACUCUGAGACGUCAGUGGGAGACAUUUAGAUUCAUAACAGCGGGAAAAUAGCAGAUCUUUUUUUUUUAAAUAAUUUUUUUUGUUAUUUUUUUGGAAAUAGACCAGAAAACCAGAAAAACAGAAGAAGAUUAGCAGAAACUCAGCUUUUCUUGGAUACCAGCCUCAAGAUCUGGAUUUUCAGACAGAGAAGACACACACCAGGAGGAAAUUCUUCAAAUUCUCUUUGCCUCUGACUCCUCACCGCUCUUCAGGUCUUUCAGAGUGCCAUCAUCUGCUGCCACCAUCGAACUCAGACACACGUUUAGGCCACAAAGAAGAUGAGUCUGUCACGGAAUGGGACGCUUGAGAAGACGGUACCUGAGCCACGCUCCCUCUCCAGAGACGGGUCGGGGGCCGUGGUGCCGCCUCCAUACAGCAGCAGCGAGGCCCCUGAUAUGGAGCCCCUGGAGCUGAGGGGCUCUCUGGACUGCUGGGCCUGCUCUGUGCUGGUCACCGCCCAGAAUCUGGUCAUCGCCCUGAUCAACGGCGUGGUGGCCAGCAUCGUGUUUGGCGUCAUCCUCACCCCUGCUCUUGCUAUGGUCAUAUUUGGCUUCCUCUGCCACUCCACGGUGCAGCCCCAUGGAACAUCUCUGUACUGUUCGGACAUACUGGACGACGGUGGCUGCGUGGCUCUGCUGGUCGUGGGUUUUCUGCUGCUCACCCCUCUGCUGGUCCUGGCGCUCGCCGCCUACUGCCGCCUGGCCCGACACCUGCAGCUGGGCCUGUGUUUCAUUCCCUACAGCCGUGCCGUCUACAAGAACCUGCCUGCCUCACGCCGCCGGGGAGGCGGAGGAGGUUGCUGUGGCCAGGAGGGAGCUUCAGAGAGGGAGAGGAAGGGUAGUGUAUGGGUGUAGGAGAGGAAAAGAGGAUCGUAUGUGAUUGUAAGAUGUAUCCUUGUUUAAUGACUACAGUUGGGUUGUUUUCAGUCUGGUAUUGUAUUUCUAUUUCUACAGCCAUUGUAAAAAUCCAUCAUAUGUCAUCAUUUAUAUUGAUUGUUUGGAAGUCUAUAUUGAUUUUUAUACUAGUCUACAUGUAUUUUUUUAAAAUACCUUUUUACAAUAAAAUAUUGCAAGCUGAA